GCGGCAAGCAGGUUGUUGUUGCAGUCCGAAUCUGUCGUCUGCGAAAUUUGGUGCAGUUGGAAAUGUGAUGUUGGUGUGUGUUCUUUUGCUGUGUGCGAAGAAAGUUCCAAGUUUUGUCCUCUCGGGAUUUAGUAUGGAGUUCUGCUGUGCGCAAAAAUGAUGAAGUGGAGAGUUCAGAAGAAGAAGCCUCCGCUGAAAGAGGAGGCGGAGGAGAAGAAGCAACCUUUGAGCGACAAGCCAGAUUCCAGCCUGGAAGAAGUGAAGGCUUCUCUGGACUACCUGGACAGCAUUAUCGAAGAGUACAACGACAUCUCCAUGCCCUCACCCGUCCCUGUCACAAAUGAUAGCGGCUACGGCAUCGAGGAUGAAACAUCGUCACCGAUGAGCAAUGACGCAACACCUGUUCAUAGCCCGUCACCUAUCCGGAAGAUCUCGGUGGAAGAGGAAAGCGGCGAGAACAACAAUAUAAGCCACAUUAUCAUCAAAGACAUAAUCACGUGUCACAUGUCUCCUCCUCCUGUGCCCCGAAGAGGCCCUCGUUCCUGUUGCCGCAACAGAGAGUACCCAGUGAGUCCACCACCUCGAAGACGCUACACCAGCCCUGAACGUCGCAUGAAGGCUGCCCUCCAAAGCAAGGCGCAAGAAUCGAACCUCAAACGGAACCCCAGCGCUCCUGCCUUCAACCCAGCGUACCAGCGCCAUGACACCAACAACAACGUUACUUCUAAAAUCAGCGACGUUAAACCUGGCGACCUUCUCCCAAGAGUUACCGUCACCUUCCGUACUGUCUCCAACCCGAGGAACAUGUCUCCGCCUCCGGCUUUCUCUCCUGCUUGCUCACCGGUAACGUUUCGCCGCAAGACAGAGUCCAGGAACUCGAUUCACGUCGAUUUUAACGUCAAGGACCUCUGCGGGAAGGACGACAACCAGGUUAGGACUAGUGAGGAAGGAAGGUUUGUACGGACGCGAAGUCUUCGAGGACUUCGUCGCACGAGCGUCGACGAAGUCACGAGAGGAUCUUCCGUCUCUCCUCCGCCGCUACCACCCAGGAAAUCUAGGGACGACGUCAAGCGAAACGGCCAAAGUGGUAAACACGUCACGUUCUGCGUGGACAAUGACGACGCGACGUUAAAUGGCAAGAAGGAAAACGGACCGGCGUCACAUACAGACGCAGCGCCGCACUCUCCAGUUCAACGCAUUAAAUUGAUGCCAUUAACGCAGGAAACGAUCGAAGACAAACUGCGCCCAGCGGACGAGAACGGGAUCUACAUUAAAACCUUCGAACCGUCCGCCGUCGAUGACGUCCCCACAGAUUGUUACAACGUCUACAAUGUCCGCACGGGAAAGAUAUCGUCCAGCGUGCUGAAGCCUUCCCUGGUCGCGAGACAGUCCGUGAAGUCUACGACCAACAACGUGAGCAGUCCGCUGGAGAGGCUACGAAGCAUAUCCCCGACAAGAGAGGCUGCCGAAAGGUUUAUAGGAAAAAUAAUCUCGAAGUGCAAGUCUACCUCACCCAAUAACAAAGACAAGAAGGCGGUGACGGACCAACACCAGUCCAGAUUGAGCAAACAGCAACGUCACAGUCGGUGUACGAAGUGUGCGGUAGCUACGGGUAAAUGCUGUUCAGGGGUGCCGAUGAUCAAGAUAGCGAGAGGAACUUGAAGUGUCGUUAUGACUCUUUGGAAGUACAUAUAGAAUUCAGGACACGCUACUAUAUGUGGUUGGUGGUACAGACUGUGGACUAAGCGCAGUGUUUUGUGCAGAAAAUACAGAUAUAUUUUAGGAAUGGACUGUGUAAAGCUGGAACCUCAUGCAUAAAGGACAAGCACUGCUACUAACGUAGGGAUGCAGCACGGCCUUCCGUGGUUCAUCUCGUCGCAGCUCCUCGCCGUGGCAUGUGCUGCGCUGUGCUGACGUGCGACACCGAAAACAGAAUGACUAUUUCGUUAUUUUCAGAUUACUAUAUGCUGCGAAACAAAGCCUUGUAAUAAAAUCCUGUUUGAAGAGACA